ACAUAUUCGCCGUCCCAGAAAGAACGCGGCCGUUGUGCACCCUCGUCUCAGGCAAUCAUGGGUAACUGGGUGGAGAAUGAAGGACUGUCCAUCUUCGUCGUUAUAGUGUGGCUGGGGUUAAAUAUCUUCCUCUUUUGGUGGUACUAUCUUGCAUACGAUGUCCCACCAAAAUUCUUCUACACCAGGGUACUCCUUGGCCGUGCUUUGGCUCUGGCAAGGGCCCCUGCGGCUUGUCUGAAUUUCAACUGCAUGCUGAUUCUGCUGCCAGUAUGUCGAAACUUGCUCUCCUUCCUCAGAGGAUCAAGUGCGUGCUGCUCUACCCGUAUCAGACGACAGCUGGACAGGAACCUCACCUUCCACAAAAUGGUGGCAUGGAUGAUCGCCCUUCAUACUGCAAUUCACACCAUCGCACACUUAUUCAACGUAGAGUGGAGCGUGCAAGCCCGUAUUGAAGAGAGAGGAACUCUGGCAGCUGUGCUUUCUAGGCUUGGUGAUGAGCCAAAUGAAACCUAUAUCAACUUUUUUAGAAAAACUAUUGGGAAUCCUGUGGGGGGCCUAUAUGUGGCUUUCACAUACCUGGCUGGUCUCACUGGCGUUAUCAUCACGUUGGCCCUCAUACUAAUCAUCACAUCAUCCACCAAAACCAUCCGAAGGUCGUAUUUCGAAGUAUUUUGGUACACCCACCAUCUCUUUGUCAUCUUCUUUAUCGGCCUUGUCAUCCAUGGUGCUGGGCGUAUUGUACGAGGGCAGACAGCUGAGAGUCUGGAAGAACAUAAUCCAGAGAUUUGCUACAAGAACUUCACUCACUGGGGGAAGAAAGGGGCUUGCCCAGUCCCACAGUUUGCAGGGAAUCCUCCUAUGACAUGGAAGUGGGUAGUAGGUCCCAUGUUUUUGUACCUGUGUGAGAGGUUGGUGAGGUUUUGGAGGUCGCAGCAGAAGGUUGUUAUCACAAAGGUGGUCAUUCAUCCCUUCAAGACAAUUGAGCUCCAGAUGAUGAAGAAGGGCUUCAAGAUGGAGGUUGGGCAAUACAUUUUUGUCAAAUGUCCAGCAGUGUCUAAACUGGAAUGGCAUCCAUUUACAUUAACCUCUGCUCCAGAAGAGGAUUACUUCAGCAUUCAUGUCCGUAUUGUAGGGGACUGGACAGAGGGCUUGUUCAACGCCUGUGGAUGUGAUAAGCAAGAAUUCCAGGAGGCAUGGAAGAUGCCCAAGAUAGCUGUGGAUGGCCCCUUUGGAACAGCGAGUGAGGACGUAUUCAGUUAUGAAAUUGUUAUGCUUGUUGGAGCUGGAAUAGGGGUCACCCCCUUUGCAUCGGUACUCAAGUCUGUCUGGUACAAAUACUGCCACGAUGCGACCAACCUAAAACUCAAGAAGAUCUAUUUUUACUGGCUUUGCAGGGACACUCAUGCCUUUGAAUGGUUUGCUGACCUCUUGCAGUCUCUGGAGGCUCAAAUGCAGGAGAGGAAUAACGCAGAGUUUCUCAGCUAUAACAUCUACCUUACGGGCUGGGAUGAAUCUCAGGCCACUCAUUUUGCAGUGCAUCAUGAAGAAGAGAAAGAUGUGAUUACAGGCCUUAAACAGAAAACAUUGUAUGGCAGACCUAACUGGGAAAACGAGUUCAAAACUAUUGCAGGGCAGCAUCCUGGGUCCAGAAUAGGUGUUUUCCUCUGUGGACCUGAAGGCCUGGCUGACACACUCAACAAGCAGAGCAUCAGCAACUCAGAAGCUGACCCACGAGGAGUACACUUCAUUUUUAACAAGGAAAAUUUCUAACUCCCAAACACAUGGGAGUCAUUCAAUACAAUGUCUAAAGACUGGAUGUCGUCUUCUAUUUGGAGUCUGGGAAGGACAACCCAGCUUCUAAUCUCAGCUACACUAAUGCAAAUCCCUUUGCUUCUUGGGAAUUAUUUUGGCGCUGUGGUAGAGUAAGAAAGUCAAGUUUUACCUUAGGGAAGUUUGCACUGUCCCCCGCGUGCUGGCAAUUUAGCAGAAAUCUAUUUUCUUUGUCUGUGUGAGGGGAUUUCCCCUCAAUUAACUGCUUUUAUCCUCCUGUUAUUCAUAAUGACUGCUGAAGGGUCUAGGCAGCCAUAUGCAUUUGGGAGCCAAUUCACACUGAUAAAGCUUAAUGCUAUAAAACAAUAAAGCCUCCUAGCACAAUGCUUGCUAUUAGGAGACUGCUUAUCCUGGCUACAGCCAGUCCCUGGAACGAGGGGUGUUAGGGAAGAGUGACUGGGAAAGAUUGCUCCUUACAAGAGGAAAUCUCCUUUCCGAAUACAAGCCUAAACGUCUUGUCCAAGAAAUAGCGCAGGCAGCUGAAAAGCAGCCAUUCCUCUUUAGGAAGGCGGAGAACUGGAAAGGAGCCACCUGGAUUUCUGAGCGCCACCCCCAGCCCAGCUGCAGGGGGAUGAUGAGGACAGAGUCUAACCAGGUCCCACACCCAGCAUGUGAGCCAUCGCUUGGCUGCUUCGAACACUCUCAGUUUCACAUCUUCAAAUUCAUGGCGCAGGGAUCCAAACAAGAGCUUUUGUGUUUACAAGACUGCCAUUUCUGAUUUUCAAGGCUGAAAAAACUGUUGAUAAAUGAUUUAAUGAGUAUUUUCUGAAGCAUUCUUAAAUGCGUACAGUGCUUUUGGGCCUGUUGUUCAGCUCCUCCUCUUUCAUGAUGAGACAGUUUUAAGAAAGCAAAGGUCAUGUGGGCCGUACCUGGAAUAGCUAUGAAUAAAGCUUCUGAUGUGCACAAGACACCCAUCCACAGCACAGUACUUCUGUAUGUACACUACAGGUAAUAGGUUCUUAAAAAAAAAGGAACCAAAACUUCUAAUACCAGCAGCAGAGGGGAAAAAAUAUUAUUUAAACCACCAGCAUAGAAAAAAAAUGAAAAAACAAGUGCAAAAAGCUUUGAAAAAGCCACAGUUCCACAGUUUAGUAUACCACGUCUCUUUAAUGUACCAGGUCUCCUGUUCAGCCCAGUCACCUGCUUAGUGACUUUUAAACUCUGCAGCCAAGCCCUGCGAUAACUCCUACACAUGACGAGACCUUGCUGACAGGUUCUUACAGUCACAGAAGGAAGUGGUAGCCUCCUUCUGCAAUUUCAGACAAGUUUGUGCAGCCAUCUGGUUGCAUGUACCAUCUCAACUUGCAAGAUGGGAUGUGUUCUCCCUUUACACCAUUUUUAAAUGUUAUCCAAGCACCCCGUGCUACUUCAGAAGGACAGCUUACCAGUUCCUAUUUAUUAAUAUCAGUUUCUGGCAAACGCUGGAGAAGAUCAAUUCCUGGUGGGUAAUUUUUCAGUUCUUUCCCUCAGAAGGGCCAUAAUUAAAUCCACAUAAUUCUGUUUGAAACAAACCUAUUAAACCAGAAUUGAACAGAGGCAGAAUUAAAGAAAUUUCUUCUGUGGAAUAAAAAAUAUUGCAACUGAAACAUAACAAGGCUCUCAUCCUGUGCCGAGGGCAUUGAAAUAUUUGCUUUUGAUUUUAAUGGAAAUGUGAUCAGGCUUUCAUACUCUUGGAAAGUGAGCAAACAGGAAUUGCAAGGGGUCUAAUGGAGACAGCAUACUUGUCAUGUGUGGAGUCUUGGAGGUGUGUGUUUUAACUCACCCAUUAAUUUUCUAAACACUGCCAUGUUUGGUCUCAAAAAUCUAGGGAUCUUUCCUUACUCAGCCAGUUGCAAUGACGCUCCCUGACAUGCUGCACACUUGUACCAGGGGUUGUUUGUCACCUUGAACCCAGAAAAAGGAAUUCUGUGUUUAUUACUAAAGCACUGUUUUCCUAAAACAUAUAAAAGAACAAACAGGUGACAGCUUCUCAGUUUCUUUCAAAGGUCUGUUGUAUUAAAUCCUGUUAAAAUGCCAAAUGCCAAAUUACCAAAAUGCAAACAGUG